CAACACAUAAAUGGAAAACAUUUCAAUGAACACACAAACUUUGUUGUCAUGAUAACAGUAUAUCUGGUUGUUCUGACUUCAUGUGUUAAAAUGAUUGUUUAAUUAUGGCAUGUCUUAAAUACUUAAUUUUAGAUAAUGGAUGCAUUUUUACAUCUGCUGUGUUUGCCUUUGGAUGGCAGUGAUCUCCAUGUAGCAAGUACAGUAUGGACUGCCAUAUUUUUGGGACAAGACCCUGAUAAACACAGGUAUUUAAGCGAGGUGCAGAUACUGGAGUAUGAUCAUCUGGUUGGAGCAGUCAAUGAGGGUGGAUUCCACUGGUCUCUUAUAGUUGUGCAACCAAAAGACAACAAAGUAUUGUACAUAAAUCCGAUGGGGGAGCAGAAUGUUUCCCAGCAACAGAUCCUGCAACAAUGGAUUAAAUUUGUGCACAUUCGGCGCUUAUCCAACAUUGAUAUGGGCGGACCAAUACAUUGGAACAUACUCUGCCCACGUCAUGCAAAACAGUCAGAUUCAAUAUCUUGCGGUGUCUACGUUUUAAAGUUAGCAGAAUGCUACCUGCAGAAUCAAUCCCUAGAGUUUGUGCUCAGCAAAACACAACUACUAGAAAACUACGGAGACGAAUCGCCAGAAGACUGCUUUCUAAAGGGGAACUCGGACCAGCUGGCAAACACCCCUGCCUCUGCCAUGGAGUUGGAAGGGGGAGACACUGACCCAGUAGUCGAUCAUGUGGCAACAGCCAGGGUACUCUAUUUAUGUGAAUUAAUUGUAAACGUAAAUGGAUCCAAAAUGCAGAAAAAGUUAUCCGAUCAAAGAGCAGUGAAUUAUCUUAGGCAACAGACUUAGAGUGAUAAGGGUUUGAGAAAACACUGUUUGUUAGUAAGUCAAUAACACUUGAUUAAACAAUCGCAAUCAGAGUUACUGUUAAAAGAGUAUCCUUGCUAACAAAUCAUUCUUCAGUCUUAUGGUAAUUUCAGUUGUAGCUUUUCUAAAUUGAUAAACCUCUUGUGUACCAUAAUGCAAAGCAUAUAUUUAGAGGUUCAUCGAUGUAUCUUUUAGGUUAA